UGGCUAGUCGUUAUUGUAGCUAGCUUCACAUAGGUCAAAACCACCUACCCACGAAAACAACCCCAAACCAUCCCGACUAACGUUACGUUCAACGGUGUUGCAUUUAUAUCGUCUACCCAUCGGAAUAAAAGGGAACCUAAAACGAUUUAUUUUGAAAUUAAGAAUAUUUUUCAUGUAAUAAUGUACGCCGGAUAGCUACGCCACAUUCCUCUGAUAGCUACAAGUCGCCAAUGUGAUGUUAUAUGCGGAAAGAGCAUACGGGAACCCCAUUGAAGUAAUGAGGUGAAGAAGCACAAAGCAGGCUAAAGCAGCUGGCUACUAGCUACCUUCCAUACUCUGCUAAGUCUGAGACUGGGUCCUCCGGGUGUCCCCCAUCCAAUGCUCCUGAAGCGCCAUGAGCCACAGCUGGGGACGAUUUACUACUCCAUAGACUGCCAUAUCUCCUGCAGCCUUUCCCUCUCUGUCCUCGGGCCCCCCCUGGCCCCUUCCCCCCUUCCCCAUUGGCCGAGAUGAAGAAGGUGGGGCAGUGGUCGGCGGAGGAGGUGUCCCAUUGGCUGAGCGAGGAGGGGAUGCAGGAGUAUGGCGACUCCCUCCAGCAGGCGGACGGCCCCGUCCUGCUGCGGCUCACCCCGGAUGACUUCCUGACCCCGCCCCUCUCACUGGUCUCCUCAGACAAUGGGCGGCAGCUCUUGGAACGGUUGGAGACCCUACGGAUCGAGCAUCACAUUGAGGAGCACCAAAAAAACGGCCACGCCAAUGGCCAUGGGAGGCUGCCCAACGGCACUGCCAAGCCCCUGCGGAAAGGUUCGCUGGGGCUUAAUGGCUUCCGGAAGGAGAUGGUCCAAAUCCCCAUCCCCAUGUUGGAGCCUGAACGCUCUGGGUUCCCCCAGGAGUGGGGCAAGACAGGCGUAGCGUUCCUCUACGCAGUCUGCUGCUUUGUCACUACCACUGUGGUCAUCUCAGUGGUCCAUGAGAGGGUGCCGGCCAAGGAGCAUACCCCACCGCUGCCCGAUAAGUUCUUUGACAUUUUUGACCGGGUGGAGUGGGCCUUCUCUAUCUGCGAGAUCAAUGGCAUGCUGCUGGUGAGUCUGUGGCUGCUGCAGUGGACCCUGCUCAAGUACAGAUCAAUAAUCAUCCGUCGGUUCUUCUUCAUUGUGGGUACCCUCUACCUGUACAGAUGUGUCACCAUGUACAUAACCACUCUGCCUGUUCCAGGGAUGCACUUCCAAUGCUCUCCAAAGCUAUUUGGGAACUGGGAGGUUCAGAUGAGGAGGAUCAUAAAGCUGAUCGCCGGCGGAGGCCUGUCAAUCACCGGCUCCCACACCAUGUGUGGAGACUACCUGUACAGCGGCCACACAGUCAUUCUAACACUAUCAUAUCUCUUUAUCAAAGAGUAUUCCCCUAAGAGGUUUUGGUGGUACCACUGGUUCUGCUGGACUCUGAGUGCAGUAGGCAUCUUCUGCAUCCUGCUGGCCCAUGACCACUAUACUGUGGACGUGGUGGUGGCUUAUUUCAUCACAACACGUCUCUUCUGGUGGUACCACACCAUGGCCAACCAGCAGGCGCUGAAAGAGACGUCCCAGAGUAACCCAUUCUCCAGAGUCUGGUGGUUUCGACUGUUCCAGUACUUUGAGGGAAACGUCAAGGGCAUUGUCCCUCGAAAUUAUCAGCUGCCGUGUUCAUGGCGAUCGUCUCCGUGGAGCCAUGGGGUAAAGUACAGCAAAGUGGACACCCAGUGACCCAGGUCACGUGAGGGGUGGGAGCUGAGUGAGAGACCUCCUGAAGUUGUGAUCGUCUGAAGGAGAUGGUGUCGUGUUGCCAAGCCAGUGCUGUUCCCUUGACUUGUUGGGCUCAUUUGAGAAAAAUCCCAGUUCUGGCUAGCACUGUGACCAUAGUCUUACUUUAGCACUACAAAUUAUUUUAUUUUGGGAAAGGUUUUUGAAAACUUAGCACACUACUUUGAUCAUGUAUUUUUUGCUUGGGACACUUUGCAAUGUUUCGUUGACUACAGCAGAUCUGGUUAAUAUUUAAAUAUUAUAUUUCGAUUAUUUUUGUUUUUUUGUUUUGACCAUGGCUGUAACAAGUAGUUUAGACUCUUUUCCUCUGCAAAUAAUUUGAGAAAUUCUGGUCCGAUAAGGUCUACCAAGUGCAAAACAUGUCACUGAAAUGUUUAUUUGAUAACCAAAAUGCCAUACGUUGUCUGGGGGAGUUUUAGAUGCAAAACAUUUUUUUCUUUUUUAACAAAUUACUUUUUUGUCAACUACAACGUGGCAAUGGUGCAAAAAAAGUUUUUUUCUAACAAUUGCUACUUUAUUUUUCAAAACAAAUGAUGUCCCCAAAAAUAUUUUUAGAUUUGUACCUUUUUCAAGAUUGAAUGCUGAAAGCAGAAGAAUCUGUGGUAUUUAGAAUUGUUCCAGUGCCUUCCUUAGCUUGAUUGUACUAUGUGUCUGUGUUCCUCUGCCUCGCGCGUGUCUGUGUGACUGCCCACAAGGUCGGCAUGAAGCGGUUCCAAAUGAUCGUUCAAGUCCUGUUCGCAUGAAUGUAAGAAUAAUGAUGCCAGCCUUAUAUGGUAAUUAGUCUUCCCAAAACCAAAAACAUUGAGACGAGUGAAAUGUCCUGUCAAUUUAUUUAUGUUUUCAUAUAUAAUAUUUUUUUCCAUAGCCGGUGAUGUUAUAGCAGUUAAUGAAGGACCGUUAAGUUGUUUGGUUAUGUCCUAAUCAUUUACUGACCCUUAGCCAGUCUUGACCGUGUUCUAAUCUUGUUCCAAUCCUAUUCUAACCAUGUCCUUGCAAGAUGGUCCUGGAGGGUUUUCAGUCCUCUAACAUGUCAUUAAGACUUUAAAGCUCAUUGACAUGCUAAUAAUCUUGUAUCAAAGGUUAGUUGCUAACUUUGAAAGAAUGAUGGAAACCCUCUGGACCUCAAGGACUGUACUGGAGUUGUGCAGCACACCUACAAGUCUUUGUAAGAGAUACUGAAUCCCUAUUUUGUCAAACAGUGUUCUCGAAACAGACCCAGAAAAUACAUCUUACUGGCUGUUGUCGACUUGGCCAAUAGAGCAGUGUGUUCCUGAAUGCAGCCUGCCAGAAUGUCUUACUGAUAAAUAGGGCCGGAAGGACACCAGUAUCACUAUUUUUUCCGUUGCAAAAAUGAAAACCCGAAGCAGGCUAACUCUUUGGUCCUUUUAAAAACCUACUGUAUGUUAAAUAUUGUUUGCUAUAACUCCCGAGUGGCGCAGCAGUCUAAGGCACUGCAUCUCAGUGCUAGAGGUGUCACUACAUACACCCUGGUUCGAAUCCAGGCUGUAUCACAACAGGCCGUGAUUGAGAGUCCCAUAGGGCGGCGCACAAUUGGCCCAGCGUCGUCUGUUUGGCGGUUGUAGGCCGUCAUUGUAAAUAAAAAAAAAUUCAUAACUGAAUUGCCUAGUUAAAUAAAGGUAAAUUUAAAUGAAUAAAUAGCUUGGAAAAUAUAUACAUUUGACUGUAGAUGGCAUCAUAAUGAUGUUUGUUUCUGACAUUAGGACUGUUUUCCUGAAGAAUUUAAUCCCGCUUCGUGCUUUGUUUCCCUGCCACGAUACUGACGAGUAUAUACUGGUAUCGUCCUGGCCCUACUGAUAAAGACAAGCUUCUUGUGAUUAUUUAUCUGUCUUAUUGACAUACAUGUUGAUCUUAAUGCAGUUCAGUGGUGAUAUGCCAUCUUUGAACUUUGUCAAAUGUAUAGGGCUUUUCAAUGUUGACUUGUUUAAAAACAGAAGUUUGAGGCAAAGUGUAUUGGUACUGUCCUGAACUACAUUGGCUGGCAAGUUUGCAAUGCCAAAAAUAGUUUAGUCACAACUACCUACUAAAGAAGCUGACAAAUUGUACAAAGCCAAUGGGGUUAUCAAGUGGGCGAGGGGGCAAAAUGCACAGUACUGGGGAUCUAAUGUACGGACAAAUCCACACAACAGACAACGUACUGAUUACCAUGAAUGUGAAAAUGGUCUCUAAUGAUCCUCGAUACACUUGUGCAUUAAAAUGAUUUUGUGUUACCAUUCCAACAGCACAACAUGUUUUCUCCUGAAGUAGAGCUGGUUCGAGUAAGAAAUUACCUCAGUUCAGCUGUCUGACUGGAGAGACUGAACUGAUUAUAACAUGGCACUUUCUGUUAUGAAAAUGCAGCAUGGCCCAGUUUAAUAGAACUGAAUGGUGAGACAGGACAGGUUAAUAUAAUGGACCUCAAUUGUAUUUAUUCUUUAAAAAGAGCUCUAGCCUCUAAUCAUUGUUGUACAUUUUUACGUGAUGUUUUUUUUUGUGUCCUAAAGAGUAGCAGUACUAAAUCGAUAAUGAUGACAUAAUUUGAAUGCUGAAUUGAUGUGCUAUUUCUUCUAUUGAUGAAUGUUUUGACAAAUUGUAAUUUGGCCGCCUCAGCUUGAGGAGGAGGCAGCGGUGGUUGUCCUCUAAAGAAAAAGUUGGGAGACCUUCGUUCAAGGGGUAUAAGGUCGUAUGUUUAUGGCUAUAUUAAAAGUGCAUAAACUGUAAUGAGUUUAGCAUGUACCCAUGUGAGACGAAAUGCUGUUCUCAUUGACAGCUGUGGCUAUGUCAAAAAUGUAUGAAUGUGAAUGGCAGAUCAGAUGUCUCUAUAUAGGCUUAUUGAUGUAAACCUCUCUAAAGCCAUCUACAGCUGUAACAUGAGAGGAGUUUGGGGAUAUUCCCCUUGAGCCCCUUCAAUCCAGACAUUUCUCUCUUAAAAAGGAAGCCAGUAGUGGUGGAAUGUUUGAACCAUUUCUGAAAUCCUUCGACGUUUGAUGCACGCACAUUAAGGCCAUAUUUGACUUGAAGUGCACACGCCUAACUUAAACCAGGCAGUGAAAGUCGGAAUAUGUGCCUUGAUAAAUAUAUAUAUAUAUACAAUACCAGUAAAAAGUUUGGACACCGACUCAUUCAAGGGUUUUUCUUUAUUUGUACUAUUUUUUUUACAUUGUAGAAUAAUAGUGAAGACAUCAACACUAUGAAAUAACACAUGGAAUCAUGUAGGAACCAAAAAAGUGUUAAACAAAUCAAAAAUAUAUUUGAGAUUCUUCAAAGUAACCACCCUUUCCCUUGAUGACAGCUUUGCACAGUCUUGGCAUUCUCUCAACCAGCUUUAUGAGGUAGUCACCUGGAAUACAUUUCAAUGACCAGGUGUGCCUUGUUAGAAGUUAAUUUGUGGAAAAUGUUUCCUUAAUGCAUUUGAGCCAAUCAAUUGUGUUGUGACAAGGUAGGAGUGGUAUACAGAAGAUAGCCCUAUUCCAUAUUAUGGCAGGAACAGCUCAAAUAAGCAAAGAGAAAUGACAGUCCAUCAUUACUUUUAAGACAUGAACCUUCAUGUCAAUCUGGAAAAUGUCAAGAACCAAUAAGAAGAACAGACUUGCUUGGGCCAAGAAACAUGAGCAAUGGACAUUAGACUGGUGGAAAUAUGUCCUUUGGUCUCCGCAUGUGUGGUUCCCACCGUGAAGCAUGGAGGAGGAGGUGUGAUAGUGUGGGGGUGCAUUGCUGGUGACACUGUCUGUGAUUUAUUUAGAAUUCAAGACACACUUAACCAGCAUGGCUACCACAGCAUUCUGCAGCGAUAUGCCAUCCCAUCUGGUUUGUGCUUAGGCUGUGUUAGGGCUAACACCUCCAGGCUGUGUUAGGGCUAUUUGACCAAGAAGGAGUAUGAUGGAGUGCUGCAUUCGAUGACCUGGCCUCCACAAUCACCCGACCUCAACCCAAUUGAGAUGGUUUGGGAUGAGUUGGACCGUAUAGUGAAGGAAAAGCAGUCAACAAGUGCUCAGCAUAUGUGGGAACUCCUUCAAGACUGUUGGAAAAUCAUUUCCAAGUGAAGCUGGUUGAGAGAAUGCCAAGAGUGUGCAGAGCUGUCAAGGCAAAGGGUGGCCACUUUGAAGAAUCUCAAAUAUAAAAUAUAUCUUGAUUUGUUUAACACUUUUAUGGUUACUACAUUCCAUAUGUGUUAUUUCAGAGUUUUAUUCUACAGUGUAUAAAAUAGUCAAAAUUAACAAAACCCUUUCAAUGACUACUGUAGGUGUGUCCAAACUUUUGACUGGUACUGUAUAUAACACAUUUUUUGUCUGCUGGCCAUAGUUUGGGAGAGAAGUUAGUCCAUGGUUGCAAACUAAGCUGGAAAAACAUUUUUAUUUUAGAAUAAUUACAGCUAACGUAAUUAUGUAUGUUUAAUUUGUGUGAAUCAACAAUACAAUUGUUCAUGUGUUUCUUUUGUGUAUACCAGAUAAGCUAUGAUAAAUGGAUAGGACAGAGAAUUAUAUCUGGGAGACUUUCAAAUAAAACAAUUUAUCAUUCAG